AUCCAGGCUCACACAAGCUUCCUCCCCUCUGCCCACCCUCUCCACUUUCUCUUCCUUUUCAUCUCUACCAACUCUCUCCAAGGACCAGUCUACUCCUUCUCUACUCAAACUUGAUGCCCGACCCCCUUCCCACCCUAGCAGGCUCGCGCAUCAAGCAAAGAAAAGGCGUCGCAAAGUCACAAGCAAAGUUCGAGCCAGAAGCAUUCAGGGACUCCCUCUUCUCCCAUUUCGAAGCAAACGUCUCUUCUCCUACUGACUGGGAUGGCUAUGCCGCUGCACUAGACAAAGCUGGAAACACCCUCGACUAUCGCAAAUAUUCCGAUCAACUCUUUGAUAUUCUCAUCGCAGGGGGAAUCCUCGCCCCGGGAGGAGCGUACGAGGAUGAGGAAGUGGAGCUCAGUAGCUUCAGCGUCUUCGCCGCCAAGAGUGACAAGGUCGAAGAUGUCAAGCCUUACAUUGGGGUGAUCGAGAAGGUCAUUCGACGCUACAAAUUUCUGCAGAAGCCCCUCGAGGAGACAACUCUCACUGGUCUGCUGCAGUACAUCCAACGCUUUGACAAGGAGCAGCGUGCCAAGCUCGCUACAGCUACUGCCCUGUUCAUACAGUCUGGACUCGUGGGAGCUCAGGUGCUCCAGGUGCUCCAGAAGGACCACCUAGUCAAGGAUGAGCUCGCUCUCUCCUUCUUCGACUCCUAUCUCUCCUCUUCUCUCGUGGACCAGCCAAUGGACUCGCUCGGCUCGACCCUGCGCAAGGGAGGGAUUCGCGACCCUCUGCUCUUCUUCCCACUCCAGAAGCGCGGUCAGCCGGGCAUCGUUACCAAUCACUUCAGGCAAGUGGGGCUGAACCAAGCCGCCGAGUACUGGCAGAAGCGCGCCAUCAAGGAUACGCGCGAGGCCGUCCUUGGCCGAUUGGCCGAGAUGAGGAAAGAGCCUGAGCCAGCCGCUGCAGAGGGCGCGGACGAGAGUACUGCGUCGGCCACUACGAACGGUGGCGCCUCGUCGUACAGCAAUGAUGAGAUUGUCGAGUUCUUGCAGGAGCAACGUGCCAAGACGGGUCUCUCCAUGGAGGACUUCACGCCCAUCCUCUUCGACGGGCUCACCAAGUCCCUCACCCACCCAACGGACCAAGCUGCAGCCGAAUCGAACGCUGUUCGCCAGGUGCAAUCCUUUGCACCGCUUCUUGAGCCCUUUGUCCCCAACAAUCCCAAGGCCGAGAUCUUGCUGAUCAACAAGGUACAGCUCUGGUGCUACGAGAACGACAUGAGGCUGCAGAAGGCAUUUGUGCCCAUCUUGAAGGUCCUGUACAAUGCAGACGUGAUCAGCGAUCAGGCCAUCCUGUACUGGUAUGGCAAGGGGGCCAGAGCGGAGGGCAAGGCCGAGUUCUUGAAGGCUGCUGCGCCGUUGGCCAAGUAUUUGGAGGAGUUGAGCGAUGAUGAGGAGGACGAGGAGUAAUGCCGGGAUGGGCAAGAGGAGUCCGGAAAGGGG